AUGCCGUACGCUCCACCACGCUCUUCGCGUGCGCCCACCUCGAUUCCCUUUGAGCUGUCUCUCUCGACGCAUCCCAAUGCACCGCACCACCGCUCGUCACUUACGCCCGUCGCGUUCCUCCUACGUGCAGCGCUGAUUGCACCACGCAAGCUCGCGAUUGCUCAUCCUGAACGUGGCUACUCUUUCACCUAUGAGCAGUGGGCGGCUCGCUGUCUCUCGCUUGCUUUUGGCUUGCUCUCCGUACCCGGAUUCAAGACUGGCGAUCGCGUAGCCGUGAUUUCCCCCAAUGCCCCGCUCAUCGCCGAUGCGCACUGGUCGAUCCCCGCUGCUGGCGGUAUCAUCACACCUAUCAACAUCCGAAACACGCCCAAAGAGGUCGCGUAUGUGCUUGAGCAUUCCGGUAGCACCAUCAUCCUGUGCGAUCACGAGUUUACCCAUCUUGUUCCCGAGAAUCCGGGUAACCGAGUAACGGUGAUCAUCAGCAGAGAUUCAGGUGGACAGGAUGCGAGCGACGAUUACGAACGAUUUCUCGAUCGCGGAUGGCAAGAGUGGCAGCGUGCCGAACAGGCCGAGUUGGAAAAGUACCGUGCUCGCUCAAAGCGUGGUGCCGAACCGAAAACCGGAUGGAAGCUGCUCUGCGCUCCGCACGACGAAGAGCAGCCGAUAGCACUGUGCUACACAUCCGGUACCACUGGUCGACCAAAGGGAGUAUUGACCAACCAUCGUGGCGCGUAUCUGGCGGCGGUCGCCAAUGCGUUUGAAGCCAACAUCACCCAAGAAAGUGUCUACCUCUGGGUUCUACCCAUGUUCCACGCGUGUGGCUGGACGUAUCCGUGGGCAGUGACGGCAUCGCUGGCAACGCACCACACGAUCCGCAAAGUCGACAACGCCGUCAUCUGGCACGCACUUGUGAACCACAACAUCUCUCACUACUGUGGUGCACCCACCGUGCAAAUCGGACUCGUAAACCACCCGGCCGCACGCAAACUAGAGCGUCGCGUCAACGUCGCCGUCGCUGCGUCUGCCCCCACCGCCAACCUACUCGCCAAGAUGGAAUCGCUCAAUCUUCAUCCUGUCCACGUCUACGGCUUGACCGAGACCUACGGUCCGUUUACCAGGAGAUACUUUGAACCCGAAUGGGCCAAGCUCGACGUCGAUUCACGAGCAAGGAUGAUGGCUCGCCAGGGACAUUCCUACCUCACAUCCGACGAGGUUCGCGUGGUUCGAACCGAGAGCAGCACCGAUUCGUCUAGUGACGAUCUGAUUGAUGUACAACGCAACGGUCAGGAGACGGGCGAGAUCGUGAUUCGUGGUAACAUGGUCAUGAUUGGCUAUUACAACGAUACCGCUGCGACGAACAAGGCGAUCAUCAAGGGCUGGUUCCACACCGGAGACCUGGCUGUUCGACACCCAGGAGGCGAAAUUCAGAUCCUUGACCGUGGUAAAGACAUUAUCAUCUCAGGUGGUGAAAACAUCUCGAGUCUCAUGGUGGAACAAGAACUCGCAGCCCACACCGACGUGCUGGAAUGCUGUGUCAUCGCGCGCCCGCACGAGAAAUGGGGCGAGAGAGGCCAGGCAUUUGUCGUACUGACCGAACAGGCCAAGGCGAAACGAAACAUUGACGAGAUCAAGAAACACGGCAGCCACGAAAACAGAGCAUUCAUACAAUCGUUGAAGAAGCAUUGUAAAGACAGGAUGUCUGGCUUUGCCGUGCCCGAGUGGUUCGACAUCGUAGACGAGUUGCCCAAGACGAGCACGGGUAAGGUGCAGAAGAACGUGUUGAGGGCGAGGUUCGCUUCCAAGUUGUAA